AUGGCAACCAAGGCGGCACUCGCAGCAGCUCUCCUCGUGCCCAUGGUGGCCCUCGCCGCCGCCACCGCCACCACCUUCACCACCUCCUUCGACGAAGACCAGGAGCGUAGCCAGAAAAUCAUGCCACAACAUAGGCUAGCUACGCCCCUGACGAAGAGGCGCGAAAACUACCAGCAAUGCAGGCAGCAGGUGCAGGGGCGUCGCUUCCACUCCUACCAGCGCUUCUUGCAGCAGAGGAGCACGAACGAGGAUGAGGAGGUCCUCGACUCCUACCAGCCCUCGUCGUCCCUCCAAGCCUGCUGCCAGGAGCUGAAGCAAAUGGACAGCCAGCAAUGCGGCUGGGAGGCCAUCAGGCAGGCCGUCAAGCAGGCGCAGCAGAGCACCCGCCGCUACCAAACCGGCCAAUCCGAGCAGGUCUACGAGCAGGCACGCGCCCUCCCGCGUGAUGCGGCCUCCGCGAGCAACAAUGCCACUUCCGCCUCCUCUUGGUUUGAGGAAAUAGACACUGUCAAUUACCCCUGUUUAUUCCCCUUCCAAAUAAAAGUGAUGCAAGGAUAA